AUGGAUCAGAAAACUGUUGUGAAGCCCCAUGUUGCAACCAUUAAGGAGAUGGCCAAGUUCCACACAGACUCACGCUACCUGGAGCACCUCCACAAAAUCAGCCAGGACGGAGACAAUGAUGACCCCCAGUCCGGAGACUUUGGCCUGGGUUAUGACUGUCCAGUGGUGGAGGGUAUCUAUGACUAUGCUGCAGCGGUGGGUGGUGCCACCCUGACAGCCCCCCAGUGCCUGCUGGAUAAGAGGGGUGAGGUGGCCAUCGACUGGUCAGGAGGCUGGCACCACGCCAAGAAGUAA